AGCAGCGCCUGUGCCCGCCGAGCUUCACGUUUUCCCGCAGAAACGUCGAUGGAGAAGAAGGAGAAGGAAGGCUCUCUGCACGUCUACGGUUCACUGGAGCACACCGAAUGGAGCACGCGCGCCAACAAAGCAGAGGAGGACGUGGUGUCCAUGGCAGACUCCACCAUCACCGUGGACGACAUCGAGGGAGAACUCUUCAAGAUUGAGAGAAUUCGGGACGUCCUGGUCAGGAGGGAGUCAGAGCUCAGAUACAUGAUGGACGACAUCCAGCUGUGCAAAGAAAUCACUCGACUGAAGAAGGAGCUUCAUAAACUGGUGUCUAUACCUGAUAAUGAUAAAUCCAAUGAAGACCGCCAGCGAGAAGACGAACUUCUGCAGCAGAUUCACAAGCUGGUGGAAACCAGAGACUUCCUGGUGGACGAUGUGGAGUUUGAGCGACUCAGGGAGAAGGAAGAAGAUAAGGAAAUGGCAGAUUUUUUGAAGGCCAAAUUCCCAGGAAACAUGAAGAAAACAGCUGGUCCAUCCAGAAGAACUCCAACCAGGGCUCAGCAGAACCCCUACACCAAGACGGGCCUCACCCUCCUGAAGGAGUGUUGCGGCUUCACCUGCUCCAUCAUGUAACAAAGUGAAGGGUCGUCUGCAGCACUCACACAGCAUCUCACGGGGGAAUCCAUCCAUGAAGGACUCUUCAGAGAAACAGACGGAUCAAAUGUCUUUGGGAAACUAAACUAAGCUAAAAAAAACUCCAGUAUUUAUGUAUUUUCUUGCAUUUACUUUUUUUUUACUUUUCUGUUUCUUAAUAUUGUAAAUAUUAUUUCCUCAAUUUGAAAGGAAGAGGAGCACAAGUCCUAAACUCAGCCAAUAAACCGUCGUCAUGAUCUCAUGAGACUCUUAACCAGUUUUUCUGUCAGCUCCUCAUUAGAACGUGGCUGUUUGGCAGCAGUAAAUUGGCUCGCUCUAAACAUGGAUGGAACUUUAUAAUUAACUGGAGGGAGAUAACACUAAUCAGACUAAUUAGUGAGGAGAGCUGUUUGCACAAAGUUAUGCGCAGUUUGGCUUCAGAUCUGAAUGGAUGUGACCUUUAGAAAAGUGGCUGUGAGUGAAGAAGAUGCAGGAGUUCAUUAUCCACAAGUCUCCUUCACUGUCAGCUCUGGAGGUUUUUCAGGAGCGGUUGAUGUGGAAACAACCAGAUUCAGACUUUUUUUGAGUGUAAUAUGUAAAAUUAGCUCAAAAAGUUUUUAAAUCUAAUCUUUGGACAAAAAAGGAUGAAAAUACGAUAUAAUUACACUCAAAACACGGUCAAGUGUUUGUUGAUUUGCUGUUUGUUUCAUUGCCUUAAUCUGUACUUGAAGCAGGUGUUGGUGGAGCUAAUGUCAGACAGAAACACAGAACAGACUGGAGGACGCGUUGAUGUAAUGGCGUCCUAAUCUACGCGGCCCGUCUUUGCGUUGCAGAGACGAAUCGUUGCCAUACCAACCUUGUGUAACCUGGAUGAGUUUGAUUAUCAAAUCGGAGGAAGAUGAGUUGCAGAAAAAAUAUGCUGCUAUCAUUUCUGUCAUAAUUGUGCUGUAAAUUCACUUCCAAUUCUUUUAAAACAACUCAAAGCUGAUAUGUUGCUACAUUUUUAUGUUCAGCACAACAUGAUGUUUCUGUUUCAUGCUUUCUUCUGCUCGUCCUUGACGUGAAUUCAGUCUCUUUUAGUUCAGUCCAGGCUCCUUUCAUUCUAGUCUGUGGUUUACUCAGCAACCACUCUUGAUGUUCUGAUGUAUCCUUGAGCAUGAAAUAAACUGAAGUGCUGUUUGUGAAUGCAAAAAUGGAAGCUCCACGUGAUACGUUGCAUCUGAAACUGCAUUGUAUUUACAACAUGAAAGCAGAGUUGAGACGCUGCAAUAUGGAGCUCCAUCUGGAAAAUACAAAUAAAUGAAUGAAAGCAGAUUAACUCUCA